UUCGGCUUCUGCAGAAACUUCGCUCCUGGGUGGAAAAGGGGCGGGCCCGCAGAAGCCGCGCAGGCGCACGGCAGCCGCUGCAAUGGCGGUGCCGGGCUCCUUGAAUAGGUAUCUGCUGCUCAUGGCACAGGAGCAUCUGGAGUUCCGCCUGCCGGAAAUAAAGUCUUUACUAUCACUUUUUGGAGGCCAGUUCAUUAACAGUCAGGAAACUUAUGGAAAGUCUCCAUUUUGGAUUCUUAACAUUCCCUCUGAAGAUAUUGCCAGAAACUUAAUGAAACGGACAGUGUGUGCCAAGUCUAUAUUUGAACUAUGGGGUCAUGGAAAAUCUCCCGAGGAGCUGUAUACUUCUCUUAAAAAUUACCCUGUGGAGAAGAUGGUUCCAUUUCUACAUUCAGAGUCUACGUAUAAAAUAAAGAUUCAUACAUUUAAUAAAACAUUGACUCAAGAAGAAAAAGUCAAACGAAUAGAUGCCCUUGAAUUUCUGCCAUUUGAAGGAAAAGUGAACCUAAAGAAACCACAGCAUGUAUUCUCUGUUUUGGAGGACUAUGGUUUGGACCCAAAUCGCAUCCCUGAGAAUCCACAUAAUAUUUAUUUUGGUAGAUGGAUUGCAGAUGGGCAAAGAGAGCUAAUUGAGUCAUAUAGUGUCAAAAAGAGACAUUUUAUUGGAAAUACAAGUAUGGAUGCUGGCUUAUCGUUCAUCAUGGCCAACCAUGCAAAAGUGAAAGAAAAUGAUGUUGUCUUUGAUCCAUUUGUUGGAACAGGUGGGCUCCUGAUUGCGUCUGCUCACUUUGGCGCUUAUGUGUGUGGGACGGACAUCGACUACAACACGGUUCAUGGCUUGGGAAAAGCUAGUAGAAAAAACCAGAAAUGGCGAGGACCAGAUGAAAACAUCAGGGCAAAUCUUCGUCAAUAUGGCUUAGAGAAGUUUUAUCUUGAUGUCUUGGUUUCAGAUGCCUCCAAGCCUUCCUGGAGGAAGGGAACGUAUUUUGAUGCAAUCAUCACAGAUCCUCCAUAUGGUAUCAGAGAAUCUACAAGAAGGUCAGGUUCACAGAAGGAAAUACCAAAGGGAAUAGAAAAGUGUCCAGAAAGCCACGUUCCUGUCUCCUUGAGUUAUCAUCUGAGUGAUAUGUUUUUUGACCUGUUAAACUUUGCAGCUGAGACCCUCGUACUGGGUGGAAGACUAGUCUAUUGGUUACCAGUAUAUACACCAGAGUACACUGAAGAGAUGGUGCCCUGGCACCCUUGCAUGAAACUUAUUAGCAAUUGUGAGCAGAAGCUUUCCAGUCACACAGCAAGGCGCUUGAUCACAAUGGAAAAGGUGAAGGAAUUUGAGGACCGGGACCAGUAUUCACACUUGCUGAGUGACCAUUUUCUACCAUACCAAGGUCAUAAUUCCUUUCGUGAGAAAUAUUUUAGUGGUGUGACAAAAAGAAUUGCCAAGGAAGAAAAAUCCAGCCAAGAAUGAAAAUCAUGACGUUGACAAUCAAGAAAGAAUAGCGUUUUAUAGAAACUACCUGUGCUGUUUAAAAUUUUUAUAUAAAUAACUAUAAAUCAAAAUUGAAUAAUUCAAAUGAUCUUUGCUUUAGAGACUAUUUUGAUGUGUCUUUUGAACCUGGUUAAGUUCAGGGACUGAUACAUAUAGAUGGAGUCUGUGUUUAUAUUUUUACAGAGAAAAUAUUGUUAACUUUUAAGCCAUAUUUGCCAGGUAUAUAGUAAGCAAUUAAUAGUCCUUUAGAAUAUUUUCAUUUUGUAAAUUUGCUUGGCUUGGUUUUUAGUUGUAGCUGUUUUUCAUUGCCAUCAAUAAACUUUACUGAGAAUUUCUAAAAGUUGUGUAGUACUCAGUAUUGCUCAUCUCAUCUCAUGGACAGCUUUGUGGAAAAUGAGUCCAUACAGGUCAGAACAACAGGGGCCAUGCUACUGGGAGGGAGGCUAAGGCCUGAGAACUGUGGAGAUUCCAGCCUCAUGCCUCCAAGGGCCUGUGCAUCUGCACCGUGCCCGCACUGUGGUGUGCUCUCAAAUUCCUGAAACUUAACUGUUGGUCAAGUUAACUAACUACUCCCAAAUUUCAGUUUAGCAACUAACUGAUGGUUAAAAGCGGGAGCAACAACAGCUCAAGACCCCGAUGGACCCCUAAUGGUAUUAGGCCUAAUUAGUACUCUUUGAAACAGAAGCUCUGUUUUUCUUGAAGGGAAACUUUGCUGAGUCUACAUUGUGUCCAUCCUGGAAAUAUCUUCCUUGAAAACCACUGUACCCAUUAAUUCUAGAUGCUAAUAGCUUUCUGCUUUUGGUGGUCAAAUGUACCUCAGCAGGGCGGCAGUAAAUGGAUACUUUCUCUCUAACCAAAGCCUAUUUUUAUUUGUGUUAUUAUUAUUAUUAUUAUUCUCUGACUGUGACUGCUGAGUUUUAUGAACUCAGUAUUAACUUACAUGACUUAGGAGCUGCCGAAGACCAAGGCUACGGGUGGAGGUCAGCGUUCCACCGCCUCCUACUUGUCUUACAGUGCAGUCCUGGAUUUCAGGGCGUCUAAAACCUUUCCUGAUUGGUUUGUUUGGGUUUCUGGAUGUUAUCUGUGGUACUCUGGGGAAAAUCUAAAAGUAUUCAGGGAUGAUUUAUUGGCAGUAUUUCUGUUAUAUGCCGUCUUGUUUUUAAGUUUUUGAGGUUAUGUGGGGGA